AUGGAAGAUCGGGCGUCACAGCUGAACGACAACGGAGUUUAUCUUAUGAGAUUGUACCGCGAAACGAACAAUAUAGCUUACCUAGAAGAAGCUACUCAGACAGCACGGGAGGCUGUAUAUUCAACCGCAGAAGAUUCUCCAAACCGACCAGCCCACUUGAGCAGCCUUGGUACCUGCCUUGAAUCACAAUACGUGGAAUCAUCCAAUAUCGAUACCCUAAAUGAGGCCAUCGAAGUGUCAGCUUUGGCAUUCAACUUGGCACCACAGGACGAUCCAAAUUGGGCGGCUAUAUCAGAUAACCUUGGAACAACGCUUCUUCGCCGACAUAAGCGAACAGGAAAACUGGAUGAUCUAGAUGCUGCCAUCAAAGCAUCGCAGCAGGCUUUCAACUCAAAUGCAGGUGACGAUCUGCGACGGGGAAUCACAUCUUCAAACCUCGGGGGUCAGCUCGAAAUUCGACAAACGGGCAAUGAGUCUAUCCUGGAAAAAGCUAUCAAUGCAACCCGGGAUGCCCUCCACUUGACAAACGACAGUUGCCCAGAUCGAAUAGGCUGGUUGAGCAACCUUGGAAAUAGGCUCGCAACCCAAUAUGAGCAUAACGACGAUAUGCAAAGCCUAGACGAAGCUAUAAGAAUAACAGGCGAGGCAGCCCGAUCAAUCAAAUCCGACCAUACAGAUCAGGCAUUAAUAUCCAGGAACCUCGGACACGGGUUGGAAACCCGAUAUCAGCGAACAAACGACAAUUUCGACUGGGAAAACGCCAGGAAUGCAUUUCAAAUUGCCUGGGACUGCACAGCCGGUAUCCCUUCACGUCGCGUCGAAGUUGCUGCUCGUCUAAUGAACAUUAUGGGGUUGCAAGAAGAAUUUGAUCGUGCUGCAACGCUUGCUGUGGAAGGUAUCGACCUCCUUCCAACCAUCUCGAACAGGUCUCUCCAACGCAGUGACCAGCAGUAUGCCGUGUCGCAUUUCUCGGGACUCGCCACCUCGGCAUGCUCGAUUUAUCUCAGACUUGGUUUGCCAGAGAAGGCGCUGGAAAUUCUUGAGAGAGGGCGGACGGUCAUUCUCAAUCAACUCAUCGGCGACCGAAGCGACAUCUUGUCACGGUUUGGGGUCUCUCCUGCUCUGCUCCUGUAG